AUGGCAGACGUUACUCCCGAUAACAAGAUCACCGUUGAGAGUAUAGGCGAUAUCACGCCUGGGACUAUUUUUAUCGGUUACUCAACACUUCCCUCCCACUCGCAACCAAAGCGCAGGCCUUUUUUGGCCCUCUGGAAGGUUGUGAACCAAGUGGUUUCAUUGUGAGUGAGAUUGUUUCCUGUUUAAUUCGUUUAAAUGGGGGAGUUUUCCCUGCCCAGGGUCUGCAACUGUUGGCUGACGAGAAUAAUUCCCACCGAAUAGACCUUUGACCAGUUUACGAACCUGUGGUGGCAGCGUGCAGGCAUCUGCAGAAAAAUUCGGGCGCAGUACAGCCAGCUAUUACCCCAUUGCCCCAGAAAGCAAUCCGCCGUAUCUCCCGGUCGCUGCAACGGAAAACUUUGAAGGUUUCAUAGAUCUCCUAACACCAGUGACCCUCGGACAAUCCUCCCUCGGGAGGAAGUCGAAAGGAAUCAGAAUCUCCGCGUCGGACUUGCGAAGAGUGAUAAUGGCGCACGUGGGCCUGGUCCAGUGCGGACGGGAGGCAGCCAAUACUGGGCAAGGGGAGCAGGAAUCGGAGAUGCUCUUGAUCGAUCGGAGUACCCAUGACAACAUCCGCCAGAUGGCUCUGGACAUGCUCCAGCACAGCCAGGAUGGCCUCCUACAUGCUAGACGCACCCAGGAAGUUACCAAGAGUCUGGUUGAGGCAUUCGAUAGCCCCCCCGCCGCAAAAUUAAUACUACCACGUCUGCCGAAUUCUACUUCCCUAGGUUCCACCUUCGUGGAUCAACCGCCGCCGCCACCACCACCACCUCCUCCUCCUCCACGCCCACGGCCUCCGCAAACUGACACGCAGCAUAGACAUCCUACACAACAGAACUCAGACCAACAACAGCAGCAGCAGCCCCAACAACCUCUGAACAAUCCACCUGGACCAGCGGGUUGGGGGUCCGGUGCCUCCACCGGAGGCCAGAGGAAUCCCGAUAAUGGUGGUGGUGGUGGUGAUGGAUCUUUUGGAACCUACCGCUAUGGGGAUUCUUCUAAUUUCUGCCCCCCAUCAACCGUGAUUGGACCAAUUCAACAACAUAAUAGAGCCACAACCAGUGGAUCUGGAUCAAGGGGAGAUCAAGGAGUACAGCAUCAAAAGGAGCAUCAGCAAGAAGAGCAUCAGCAAGAGGGGCACCAGCAAGGGGGGCACCGGCGAGAGGAGUAUCAGCAACAUAACAAGGAUAGCAACGGCGAAGAGGGCGAGAUUGACGAAUGGAGCAAAGGCGACUGGGCCUGGGUGGAAGGAAUCAUAUCCGAGGGGAAGGAAAAGCGGCCCUGUAGAGACUCCGACUCUUUAUCGGAAUGGAGAUUGGAUGAUUGGGACACGCUUGAGGACAUGGUCCCCGAUAACAUCCCAACGCAAAGAUACGGCCAACUUCAUGCCACUGCGACCACCUCUCCUGGAGAAAUAUACCAAACUCCCGCCUGCCAAUCCCCAUACUCACUCUUGGAGUGCGAUCAAAGCGAUUGCAACAGUGAAGUACCACAAGGUAAAACCGUAACCCCCUAUCCACUCCUCAGUCCUCCACUCCAAGAGGGCCAAGAAGAAUCACCAUCUAAGGACACGAGCGAUGAGCAUCUUAGAAGACCCAACAACUCAAGUCACGACCGACACCAACACCGGGGUAACUUCCUCCCCGCCUCAUUUCCAACACAGUCGCAAUGGGCCCAAUCCCAGUUUACAACUUUUACCCACGCCUUACGAAGAAUCGCAGCACGUGCCCAGCUUCAGCAAGAAGCCAGCCCCAUCUCCGCAGAAGGUGACACCGGCGAAGGCGAAGGGAGCGAGGAAACACAUUUUUCCGGGAUUGACCUUCGGGGUGUUGCAACAACACUACCAACAACAAAAGCUGCACGGGCCGCUGCACCAGAACAAGCCUCAACAGAGGAAGCCAAAAUUGUGGGAUCAGAGACUGGCCCCAUUCCAGCGGUUCCGUCGGAGGAUGCGGGCGGGCGGCGGGACUCACUUUUAGAAUCUCCCUGCUCCGCAGCCGCGGAGGAGGGGAGGGGGGGAGGGGAGGUGGAGGUGGAGGUGGACAGACAGAAGGCAGCGGAGGAGGAAUGUAAGAAGGUGUACCAAGAACUGCAGAGGAUACUAUCGAACGUCUACGAAUCCUUGCUCCGGCCGCCGGGCGUGUCUGAGGACUCGCUCAGGUCCCUCCAGCCCAAGGACGAGGUCUCCUUUGGGGAGCACAGGAGUUCCCUCAGCCCUCUAAUAUCGGAAGAUUCAGCGCACGAGGAUAAUUCAGUCAGCCGGCUUUUGGCGGCGCUCGAUAGGAGUCAGUCUUUGCAGGCGGAGAUCUCAGCGGAGAUGGCGGCAACCGGAGGGCUACUUAGUGGGGGACUAUUGAUGAAAUAUGUUGACGUUGCUCGCGAGAUAUGUCAGCCGCAUGAUGAUAGUAGUAGGAAGAUUGAUGAGCUAUGUGCUCGGGCGGAGAUAGCUCUCAGGAGUGGUAGUUCUGCUACUGCUACCGCUAUCGCUGAGUAG